AGAUCUCCAAUCCCGGCCUCUCUCCGUGCCGCGGGUUCCCCCGAGAAAUCGCCCGGAAACCCCCCACCCCACCUCGUCGCCUGCUCUUCCCCGGAGAUCCCCACCGCAUCCUCUGCUCGUCCCCGCGGCUCCCGCAAUCGCUGUUGAUCGCGGCGGUGAGCAACAGGAGAUGCUCUCUCCUCCUCAUUCUGCUGAAGUUCUAAGAUAUUUUGGCACCCCUGUUAUCAAGUUUGGGCUUCUACAACAGCUAACUGGUUAAUAGUGGCAUGUCUGCAAAGGUGCCAAGGCGCCUAGAAAUUACGUCUAGUGGCAUGGCAGAUUGGGCCACUCUUCAAACUGAUAUUGUUGGUCUAAUAGUAAAGAAGCUUGCUGUCCCUGAUUACAUCAGAUUUCGUGCCGUGUGCACAUCUUGGAACCAUGUCUGCAAGGAUGUGUCAUACUGUCCUAGGGUGGACCCAUGGCUGAUGCUGCCCCCAAAUCCUACCCCGCUUGGUGCUCAGUUUUUCUGCAUUCCCGAGAGAAAGAAUCAAAACAUCCGUCUCCCUAGCACUGCGUCGUUUUUUGAAUCUGUUUGGGCACCAGUUGGUUCUUUGAAUGGAUGGCUUAUCUACUUCAGUCAAACUUAUGGAACCAUGCAGCUGGUUAACCCCAUCAGUGGCAGGCAGAUCCAACUCCCUCCAAUAGGACGCAGGAUCUUCUCUAAGGCCAAGUUGCUUGAAAUGAACGAGAGGAACUUUAUCGUUGCUGUCCUCUACGGUGACCAGAAAGGUUAUAAAAUAACACGAAAGGGAUCUAAUAACUGGUCGUCGGUCGAAUCAACACACAUUUUGGAUGACAUCAUCAAGCAUAGAGGUCGGUUGUACACGUGUGAUAUGUAUGGUACGGUUGAGGUGUGGGCUGAGCCGCCCCGUGCAUGGCCAGAUGAGGAGAUGACACAUCAGUGGAGGUUUCGCUGUCUCGUGGAGACCCCAGCUGGUGAUCUGAUAAGGGUUAAGCGCCAGAGUCAGAAUAAGUUUGCUGUUUGGAUAUUGGACAAGGGGUCCUUUUCCUGGGUUGAAACCGAUAACAUUGGGGAUUUUGCACUGUUUGUGAGCCACUACAACUCGUUCUGUUUCCUGGCCAAGGACCACCCCAACCUGAAAGCAAACUGCAUCUACUUCAUCGACAUCCACAACAACCUGUGCGCGUUCAACCUUGAGCAUGGUACAAAGGAGCUUGUCGAAACCCUUGCAAUUGGCCUGGACCGCAAUGACUACUACCGUCGCCCCCAGCGAGACCAGCUCUUAUGGUUCAUCCCUUCACUGAAAUAAAUAGCCAAUAGUGAAAAGUUCCGUGGCCGUUUAUCCCAAAGUGGAGCUCAUAUGGUAUAGUAGGCUCCAGUGGCUUGGAAUUCCAAAGUAUUGGACGUUCUGGUAUGCAUAGUACUAGUGUUAUACGGAGUAUGUCUCUGAACUCCUAAGUGUUGGACAUAAUCAUGGUAGUUUGUUGCUAAAAAUUGUGUGAACAUUUGAACUUUUCAAAGCUGUGCGUAUCGUGUGUAUGAACUUGGAACUUUAUUUCAAGCUGUUUUGGUUUGUAAUUAAUCGAUUAGGAAUUUUUUUA